AUGGAACCUGUCUUGGCUCCAGAUGAUCCUCUAAGGGGUGUGUUAGAAGAGUCUCAAGUUGGUGUAAACCCCUUAACUGGGAGACUGAAGAUUGCCAUUGUGGUUCUUGAAGAGAUGAGGAAGUACAUUGUCUCAAAUACUGGUGAAGAUAUCGCCUUAAAGAUUGAAAAGAUCAAGAAAACAGUCUGUGAAGCGGAGGCUGAUCCGAUCACCCAAAAGACAGUUUUGAGUCUGGAGCCAUUGCCGGUAGUCACUGUUGAUCUCAACAGAGGAAAGGGUCUUGUGUUUGACUAUGGAGAAAGAGAGUUGGACCGCAGAAACCUUGACUUGAAUGUCAACCCGGAGAAGCUCUUAUCAGCAUCUAUGAGGGCAAUGAGAUAUGAAAAUGUCUCCAAUGUGAUGGCGAUCCGAAACUCUGAAACAAGUAGAAGAGAUGUGAAUCAGCCUUCUGGUUCGCUUGCUAUCGGUUCAACGGUUUUCAAACCUGGUUCAUCUGAACCUUUUAAAUUCGGGACAGUUAGUAGGCGAACAGUGGCUAGAAAGAGACCGUCUAGAGCUCAACGGAAUUCAAACCAAAAUGCUCUGGUGAUUGCUACAAAGUUCCAAGAAGGCACUAGAAGGGAAGGAAAACAUGAGAUGGGUUCGAAGAAGAGAAAGAAAGACCUGCAGGAGGGAGAAGACGUCUCUACCAACAAGGUGCAAUGCCUGAAGGUGGUCCCAAAGGGGGGACUGCCAAACCCCCAAUGA